AUGGUAAGAGGGGGAGAUAAAGCACUUAAGUGUGGGGGAGGUAAUGCUGUUAAGCGCAACAACAAAGUGAAUAGAACUGGGGGACAGGGUGCCCCAGGAUGCUGCCUUAUAUACAUGAGGGAAAACCCCCCAGGGACCGGUAAUGGACCCCUGGUACCUAGCUGGAAUGAUGUCAUGGUCCAAAAGGAGUCUGGUUUCUAUCUAGAAAAGGUCCGGCAUCAGAGUCCAGCCUGA